ACCGCACUUCAAGUCAGUGUCCUCUCAGACGCCGUGGCGUGUAAAAAUGGUGAAAAUUCAUUUUCUAGUGCUUGUCUUUAUAUUAGGACCCUGUGUCCAAGGGCUUAAGUUGCUCCUGGUCUUCCCUUUACCCGCCAGAAGUCACUACAUCUUAGGCAACGAGCUGGGCAAAGGGUUGGCUCUUCAAGGGCACGAGGUCACAAUGCUUUCCUCUUUUGAAGAGAAAAACCCUCCAAAAGGCUACGAGGAAAUCCUGCUUCAUGAGCUGACUGAUCGUCAAAGAUUGUUCAGUGGCUCUGGGCAGCCCAACAUGUUCCAAAUGGAAAACGCCUCUCCAUACUUCCAAGCGAUCUUUCUAACCAAAAUCGGAGAUAUGUUUUCGGACGCUUUCUUCAACCACUCCACAGUGCAGACUCUCCUUAAUUCCGAGAGGAAAUUUGACGUGGUGAUAGUGGAGCAAUUCUGGAACGACGCCAUGAAGUAUUUGGCCCAUAAAUUCGACGCUCACUUGGUCGCUUUUAGCACCAUCGGCCCUAACCGUUGGGUGAACAACUUGGUGGGAAAUCCAGAAAACCCCAGCUACAUCCCGGACCUACUGUUAAGCUUCCACAGCGACAUGACGUUCCUGGAACGUUCCUAUAACCUGGUGUUUGGACUCCUUAACGAUUUAAUGCUGUACCACUACUUUUAUCCUCAACAAGACGCGAUAUUGCACAAGUACUUCCCAGAAGCCCCCGAACUGGACGAAAUCCAGUAUAAUGUGUCACUAGUGCUGACCAAUGGGCACGAAAGCAUCCAUCCUGCCGUACCACAUGUACCAAACAUGAUAGACAUCGGAGGGUUCCAUGUGAACCCCCCAGAGAAACUCCCGAAGGACUUAAAGGAGUUCCUGGAUGGAGCCACAGAUGGUGUAAUAUACUUCAGUUUGGGAUCAAAUUUAAAACCCUCACAAAUGCCCCAAGAGAAGAAGGACAUCCUCUUGAAAGUCCUUGGGGCCAGAAAGGAGAGGGUCUUAUGGAAAUGGGACGAGGAUCAGCUGGAGGGUCAGCCCAGUAACGUGAAAACUUCAAAGUGGUUUCCCCAGCAAGCCAUUUUAGCACAUCCUAACUGUAAACUAUUCAUCUCCCACGGUGGACUAUUGAGCUUAACGGAAACAGUUUAUUUAGGAGUCCCGGUGUUGGCUUUCCCAAUAUUCGGGGAUCAAAAGCUAAAUGCCGCUAGGAUAAGGGAUAAAAAGUUCGGACUUGCCUUGACCUUUUCCCAGAUAACCGAAGAGAACUUAAUUGAAGCUCUGGAUGAACUUUUAUCCAAUCCCUCUUAUCGGGAAAACGCGAGGAAAUGCUCGGAUAUCCUACACGACAGGCCGAUGAAACCGAUCCAGAUGGCGGAUUAUUGGAUUCGAUAUGUCGUGAAGCAUAAGGGUGCUCCCCAUCUUAGGGUGGCCGCCAUUAAAUUGCCACUUUAUAAAUAUUAUAUGUUGGAUCUGUUGGCUGUCGGGCUUAUUUGCUUGGGUUGGGUUGGGUUGGUUAUUGGUUAUUUGACUAUUAAGGUUGUCAGGUUAUGUUGCUGUAAGGGUAGGUCAAAGAGGGACAAAAAGAAGAACGAUUAGUGGGGUUAAUAAUUAUUGUUAACUAUUUAUCAAUAAUGUAGGAUUUGUUAGGAUUACCACUGAUUUUUAAAUAAAAAAAAGUUGUUCCUGGUCAGGAUUUGAACUAAAGGAUCCUCCAUGACGCAUAACGCCUUUUAGCUAUACAUUCUCUCCAUGGGAAGACCUUGGAUCAAAUCCCCAUGUAACCACUUUUUUUUUUAUUAUAUUUUUUUUUUGCUAUAAUAUGUGAAUUUUUUUUAGUAAUUUUAGUGUUUUUUUAUUUUUUUUUUGUGUGGAAUGAAGUGUCUUAAGUUCCCUUAAGGCAGCUUAAAUUAUUAUAAUAAAGUAAUAAGAUGCAAUAAUAUAAGUGAAGCUAAACCCGGCUUAUUUGAAUAAAAAAAAGUGUUGCCUCGGUCAGGAUUCGAUCUUAGGGACCCUCGAUGACCCGUUAACCAACAACCGUGCGUUGACGUAACGGGAGGACCUUGGAUCAAAUCCCUAUACAACCAAAACUUUUUAAUUUUUUUUUCGCACUGAUUUUAUUUAUUAAAUUUUUGUCAACGUUAAAAUAGAUUUUUUGUUAAUCUUAA